CCUGUUUGUUGCUAGGUAUACGUCGCGUUUUUUCAAUGAAGCCGUAAUAGAAAUGGAGUGUACAGUAGUUUGCAUAGAUAACAGCGAGUUCUCCCGCUCGGGGGACUACGCGCCAACGCGUUUCCAGGCGCAGGCCGAUGCAGUCAACCUGCUGGCCGGUGCCAAGACCCAGGCUCACCCAGAAGCAACUGUUGGAGUACUCACAAUGUCGGGCAAGACGCCGCGUGUCCUGGUGACCCCAACCCCAGAUCUUGGCAAAGUUCUCAACUGCAUGACUACAAUUGAAAUUGAUGGAGAGUGCAAUGUAUCCUCAUCUGUACAAAUAGCACAGCUGGCGCUGAAGCACCGUCAGAACAAAAAUCAGCGGCAGCGGAUCGUCAUCUUCGUGUGCAGCCCGGUCGCGGAGGAGAAGGACAAGCUGGUCAAGAUCGCGAAGAAGCUGAAGAAGAACAACGUGGCGGUGGACAUCGUGAGCUUCGGAGCGGAGGAGGAAAACCAGGAGAAGCUGGAGUCAUUCAUGGAGGCGGUUAACUCCAACGGUAACUCCCACCUGGUAACCGUCCCGCCCGGCCCGGUGCUCUCCGACGUGCUCAUCUCCUCGCCCAUCUUCCAAGGCGAGGGAGGCGGCGGAUACGGCUUUGCAGGUGGCGCGGGCGGCGGUGGCGGCGGCGGCGCGGGCGAGGGAUUUGAAUUCGGCGUGGAUCCUAACAUGGACCCGGAACUGGCGCUAGCGCUGCGGGUGUCUCUGGAGGAGGAGCGAGACAGGCAGAACCGCGCAGCCGCAGCCGCAGCAGCAGCAGCCGGCGGAGGCGCCGCGCCCGCAGAGGCCGGCGGCGCCGGCACCUCCGCACCCGCCGCCGCUGACGCCGCCGCCGCUGGUACGACAGCUGCUGCUGCCACGCCUGCGCCCGCUGCUGCUGCUGCUGCACCGCUGACUGCUGCUGGCGGGGGCGACAUGGACUUGGAUGAGGACGCGUUGCUGCAGCAGGCGCUGGCGAUGUCUAUGGAGGUGGAUAGCGCAGCAGCAGCAGCCGGGGCGCUGCCGGCAGCGGCGGAGGCGGCCACGCCGGCGCCCAGUACGGCACCGGUGGCGACGCCGGGUGCUCCGGUGCAGGCGCCCCCGCCCGCACCCGCGGCGGAGGAGGAUGUGAUGGAUGAGGAUGCGGAGUUGCAGCUGGCGCUGCAGCUGUCGAUGCAGGACGCGGGGCCGGAGAAUAAGGAGGGGAACAAGUGAACGGAGUCGGGGCGGCGUAGGUGUAGUGUAGAGAAGUGGUGAAGUAGGUAGUGGCGGGUUACCGGUACUGGGCUGCAGAAUUGUUGCAUGGUAUAGAGGUUGCGUACAAUGGAGCCCAGAGGUGAGGUUAGGGUAUGUAUGUGUGUUAGUUACGUGUAGAUGCUCUGACUUUAGGGGUUGCAUGUUGGCGGCAAUGCGUUAGGCGGGAGACAUUGAGGCCCCACACUUUGUCGGGCACCAUUCUACGAUACUGCAGCAACAGGAAAUGAUUGUUUCAUCGUGCACAAUUGUAAAUUAGCAGAACG